AUGCAUAGGACAACUACCGAAGGCGCAGCUUCUAGCUCGGGAGGAUCAUCCAAAAAAUGGCGGCUACCAAGGCCUUUGCGAACGAAGAAGAGUAAACUUGGCAAGGAUGAUAAGGGAAGAACGCCCGGGUCUAGUGAAUUUGACCACAUUCACUCGUCAUCACAUCUUCGAUCGGACUCAAGUUCCAUGCACGUCAUGCACGAGAUGCAAGAAAAUAACUACAGGCAGUUGCAGAUCUUAAUACAGCGAAUGCGUUCGGCGCCUUCCGGCCCAAACCAUGUCGAUUCCGCUUAUAGAGAGUUUGAGAAAAUCCGGGAACCUUGCGCGACGCUUUGUUAUGGUAUUUUACAGGACGAAUUAAGGCCGGCUAAGGCAAUGUCGACUACCACUGAGACAACGACUCGACGAGAAUCUUCGUUUGACUCUCCUCGUAGCCCCGGGGCCACUAUAUUUGACCAAAGAAGCUCUUUUAGCGGCCGCAGCCUAACUGAAGUGGUUUCGGGGAACACCACAAAGCCUAGUCCAGCUAAUGAGUUGUGCCUAAAUGCUGUCAGAGACUGGAAAACUUGUCUGGAAACUUUAUGCGAAGCCUUCAAAGUCAGCUUGGCCGACACUUAUAAAAGCUACGAGCGUGAUGCGACCCCGGAAAUGGUCGAUUUGCUUUUCACAAGUCGGAAGUUUCGCCGAGAAGCAGUGCAUCGCAUGAGAAAUGCCAGCGUCACUAGGCUCCUCUCUGCUGAUCCCCAAUUUUUUCCCAGAUACGAGAUCCGUUUCAGAAAUUAUGAAAGGGUUAAGAAAGAAGCGACCGAAGUUCGGCAGCUUCUUCAAUCUGGCGAAUCGGGAAUUUCACCCUCAAGAGAGGUUCAUGAAUUCUUGAUCGCACAACGGGGAGACGCCGUGCUUGAAUUCGCGAAUAUUGGAAACGAAGCGUCACACAAUGACCCGGUUUUACGCUUUCGUGUCUCAUCUUACAUGCUUUCUGAGACAUCCCCCAUCUUUGCACGCAUGUUCUCGGGCCCCGCAAACAGCAUGCUGUUGCACGAAGCUGAAGACAUCACACCUCACAUACCGCCGUCUCCUGUGCCCUACGUAUGCAAGGAUGGGUCUGAGGCAAAACUAUAUCGCAUGCCACAACACGAAUUGAACCGACAUCAGUCCCUGGAGAUCUUGCUGCAUGCGGCACACAUGCACAACGAAUUAAUCCCGAGAGAGGUCGGUUUCGAUCAGUUUGUCGCCAUUGCAGAUUGCUCAAUGAGAUACAAGAGUACAUCGCCGCUGGAAAUGGUGGUUGAGCACAGAUGGCUCCCUCGAUGGAUGCAUAGAGGUGCUGAUGACAUGCCCGAUGGAGUCUUGGUCAUCAGUUAUGCCUUCGGCUGCAGACAACUCUUUACUCGAAUGUCCAAGAGUGCCAUUUUGAAUUUGCUCGAUGAAAAAGACUUGCAAAGCAAGCCCUGGCCGCAGAAAAUCAAGGACAAGAUUUGGGCAGUUAGAUGUGCCAAGUUGGCUCAGAUUUAUUCUUGCUGUACCAACGCCAUUCAAGAACAUAUCCGCCAGCCUAACCGAGAUUCACCCAGAGAGACGUACGCGCAUCCUCAGGCGGAGGCGGUGACAAGCUUACAGACUGCUACUGCUGCACCCCCGGCUUACGCGGCCACCUUGACGAGUCCGCCAAGAUGUCCCAAGGGAAGUCAUAGCUGCGAUGCCUCCAAUCUCGGGUGGAUGAUGCUCGUGUUUAAUCAGAUGAAUUUGCUGCCGCAAAUUCUGCAACCCUCUGUUCUAUCUCAUAUGCCAGAGUCUGAAGAGCCACCGAGAAGCCUGACCCAGCUGGUGGAAACUCUGAGGAUGAUGCCCAGCCCUGCGUCACCUGUUCAUCGAGGUGGAGUUUGUGACCCAAGCCCGGCCUUCCGCGCGGCCAUUGCCGACAUAUACAAUAGUGUCACAGGUCUUACUCUUCAUGAUAUUAGUGGAAAGAGCCAUGGCUGGGCAUUGUCAAAGCACCGGAUGUUGGAUCCACAAACAAUUCCAGCAACCGGCUUGAGUCGCAUGGCGGCCAGCAAUGAUAAUUACUCCGUGGUGAAUGAAUUCCCUGACUCAAUUCGGUUCCAGAUUCUUCUUGAGAUUGGUGACCUCAGUGAUCUACAUGCCGCGGCUCAGAUCAACAAGGGUUUCUACGAAACGUACCAAACUCAUGAAUUGACCUUGAUGCGUAAUAUCCUUCGUGCAGACAGAUCGAGAACGGGCUUUGCCCUGGUUCCACAGCGCGCCGGAAACUCUGAGGAUAAGAUUCCAAAGGAGGUGUCAGAUAUGAUCAAGCGCGAGGGGCCAAUUGAGGGAGCAGACGCUGUUACGAUUGGAACGGACGACUAUGAUUAUUCGGAUGAGGAUGAUGAGGACGAUUUGGAGGUAAUUGAAGGAACAGAGGCGCCUCCUAGAAACACCACACUCUCGAGUCCGCCUCUUACCAUCGACCCGCCUGGAUACACGGAGGAUGAAAGACGUUCCUCUGAAGAGGCUGCCUCGCCAACCACGCCGCGACAAAUAACUCUCGACAUCCCAGCGCAAUCUCAGCGUUCGCCAAGGAAACCGGAUGAGACAGUUACCGUCGUUAUCGAGGAACCAUUGAUGACUGAUGAAGAGGCACAUAGAAUUUUGUGGCCCGACCCAAUAGUAUCUGAAUCUCCGACCCCAAUUAACCCCUCAUCCCCUGGGGUGGAGGCAAUGCAUGAGAAGUUCCGAGUGGGUGAUCCAUCAUUUGUCGUGGCAUUAGAAGAUAAGACGCUAGUUAUCACUGGAGACAAGCAGCUACGAAGCGAGUUGGAUCGAAGAAUUGGCUUAUCGAAGAAGGGACAAGACAGCAGGCCAAAUAGUUCGGGGAAUGCGUCUGGCGGUUGUGGGUCGAAGAGCUAG